GUUAAAGUCCCUCAAGCCAAUUAGCCACGUCUAGUUUAAUCUGCUUGUUCUUUUUCAAGCCUCAAAACCUGUUUUGGUUUAUGCUUUGUUUGUAUGGUUUUUUUUUUUUUUUGGUUUUUUUUUGUGGUGAUGUUCAAAUAGUAGGCAUAACCGUUAAUACGGGUUGGAUUAAUGAUCCAAAAACUAGAUUAGCAACAUCAGAGUGGGAACCAAUCAGAGAUCAAGUAUUUGCAAACGUGAAUUGAGAUUGGACAUCUGUGUGUUCCCCUGACCUCGUGCAGCUCAUUCCGUUUUGAGAGCACCUGGCAACAUUGUAAGCAUGAGAAAAUCCGCUGACAUUUCCUUCUGAACAGCCAUGAAAAUCCGUGUUACUGGGCUGGCCCCCUAUGAAACUACUGCGCAUUUUUGACAAAAACAGCAACAGGUAUUACUUGCCAGUACCCAGACGACAGCUCGCAGAGGGGAUGAUGAUAGCUUUCUAUUGCACAGCUAGAGCCAAGUGGUGUGGACAGGAGACUUUUACAUCUUAGAGGGUUGUGAGCUGACUGCCAGCACUGCUGCCCUCUUUCUGAAGAGAUCACAGAAUGGGGACACCAGUGGAGCACUCAGUGAGUGAAGUGUACAGGUGUGAGCCUGAUCCAGGGGUGGAGGGAGAAGGCUGGGAAAGUGACACUCCAGCAGAGCCCUGUAACACGCCAAUCCCUCUGCCUGCAGCGAACAAGAAAAAAAAGAAAAAGAAGAAACUGUGGAUUAAUCUCACCAACUGCAAAUAUGAGAGUGUGCGUCGUGCUGCUCGCAGAUAUGGGCUACGAGAGGCUGCAGAAGGAGAAGACUGGACCCUGUUUUGGACCGACUGCUCUGUCUCACUAGACAGGGUCAUGGAUAUGAAGCGUUACCAGAAAAUCAACCAUUUUCCUGGCAUGAGUGAAAUCUGCAGGAAGGAUUUGCUCGCACGUAAUAUGAACCGUAUGCUGAAACUCUUCCCGAAGGAGUACAACAUCUUUCCUCGCACAUGGUGCCUCCCUGCAGAUUAUAGUGACUUCCAAGCUUACACCAGAGCCAAAAAGCACAAAACAUAUAUCUGCAAGCCAGACUCAGGUUGCCAAGGACGUGGUAUCUAUCUUACCAAGUCCAACAAGGAUAUUCGGCCAGGAGAACACAUGAUUUGCCAGGUGUAUAUAUCCAAGCCGUUCAUUAUUGAUGGGUUCAAGUUUGACCUGCGCAUUUAUGUGCUAGUGACCAGCUGUGACCCCUUCCGCGUCUUCAUGUACAACGAGGGACUAGUCCGUUUCUGCACCACUCAAUAUAAUGAACCCACUGGCAGCAAUGUGGAAGAUGUUUGCAUGCACUUAACUAACUAUGCCAUCAACAAGCAUAGUGAAAACUUUGUACGUGACGAAGAUACCGGCAGCAAACGGAAACUCUCCAGCUUCAAGAAGCACAUGGAAGACAUGAGCUACGAUACCGAUAAGAUGUGGACAGACAUUGAGGAUGUCAUCAUUAAGACAUUAAUAUCUGCCCACCCCAUUCUUAAACACAAUUACCACACCUGCUUCCCCAAUCAUGCAUCUGGCAGUGCCUGUUUUGAGAUCUUGGGAUUUGAUGUGUUACUGGACCGUCGACUUAAACCUUGGCUUCUUGAGGUCAACCAUUCCCCUAGCUUCACCACAGACUCCCGUUUAGACCGGGAGGUGAAGGACGGCCUGCUGUAUGACACUUUGGUGCUGAUUAACCUGGGAGCCUGUGACCGCAGGAAGAUCACAGAGGAGGAGAAGCGCCGGGUAAAAGAGAGACUCCAGCAGAACCGCUCUAGGGAGGCCAGGAACGAGGAGCUUCGUCAGUCUCAGGCUGCUAGUAUGGAGCAGAUGCAGAAAUAUGAGGCAAAACACAUGGGUGGAUUCCGGCGGAUCUUCCCUCGGGAAGGAGGGGAGAAAUACGAAAAGUAUUUUCAACACAGCAGCUCUCUCUUCCAGGAAACUGCAGCUUCCAAAGCCAGGGAGGAGUGUGCCAGGCAGCAGCUGCAGGACUUGCGUCUGAAGCAGGAGCAGAAAGAAAGGGAAAAGAAAGGAUCACGUAAGCAGGAUCUUCAAGGUGAAUCUGCAGGAGAAAGAGCAAAACCAAGAAGAAUUCAGCCUCCGCACCAAAACCCCAAUUCACUACCAGCUAUGUUAGAUCAGACCACCUUGAGGGGAGAGACACCUGUUGCUCUUGACGUAAUAGAUGAAGAGGAGGCAGAGAGAAUCAGUGAACUUCACCAACGAGAGACUCUGCUGCUGAACAUGGGUGUGGUUAACCAGGUGCGCCAGCUACUUCAAAGUGCCAAUCAUCUUACUGAACUUAUCAGCCACUCACAUGAGCAAGCCAGCUUUCCCCUACACUGCAGACAUGACCACAAGUUGGACUCCAUUGCAGAGAUUUCUUGGAGACAGAAGAACCUCUGCACUAUGAUGCAGCAGCAGGUGUCUACAAAAGCCAAGCCCUGCCUGCAGUGUGUGCAUUACCAACCACUGCAAAACCGAAAGCCCUGGCCCUCUCUGGAACAUGGUCUGCUCCAGCCAGUCCAGACUGAACCAGGCGGCCUGACACACUGUGGAGUGGAAGAGAUGGCAGCAUCAAAUACAGAGCGACAAUCAUCUGCUGGUCUAAUGAAGGCUGCUAGUGCUCAGCGGAUACCUUUUACAUUAAGUGGGUCUUUCUCUUGGCGUCACGGCAGUAUGAGUUCCUCUUUGGCUGAGUCAAGAGCGAGAGCGUCAAUGUUAGGAGUGCCUCCAUUCGUUCCAAGGCGACCACAGGGUCCCAUGAUGCUCCGUGACCCCAAGUCUCUCUUCGUCAUUUCCACCCCUGCUCCUCUUGUCCCAAGGCCACACCUCUCCCACACUCUUCGAAAGGCCCCUCGUAGAGUCCCCUCACAUGAGCACAGCCACUGACACAGGAUGUGUACAAGCUCAACAUAACCAAGUAAAUCGAUACAAUAAGUAUUGGAAGUAUAGGCUAAGGAAGCUGUUCAGUGAGAAGUCAGUAUAAUGAGUCAGGAGUAGAAGGUGAGAUGGUGUGCAUUCACUAUCUGUCUUCCAUACUGGAAAUGUGAAAUUUCUCUCUUUGCUAUUUUCAAUAUAAAGCCAUUUUUCAGGUUUGUCAACUUAUUUCUGUAAUUUGGUUACAUUUAGUCAGGAAACUUGAUUUUGGACGAUGCAAUGGGCUGGUGCCUGCUGUAGCCUUUUUAAUGUUUUUUUUUAGCGUACAUUCUUAGCAAACAAGCCAUAAGUGAAUGAUUUUAAUAUAAAAUAAUGUGAACAUACUUUUAUACAUUCUUUGAUUUAACACAGCCUUUGUAAGCUAUUUUCAUGACUUCAUGUCAAACUGAGCCAAUAUGAAUAAACAUUUCAAUAAAACAU